AUGGCAUCGUAUGAAGCGUUAUACGGGCAAAAGUGCCGCAGUUCGUUAUGUUGGGAGAACUUGGUUAAUCCGGUAAUGUUGGGACCUCAAUAUUUGCACGAUACCGUGGAAAAGAUCAAGUAUAUCCAAGGUAGAAUGAAGAUGGCACAAGAUAGACAAAAGUCCUAUGCGGACUUAGGAAGAAAACCAGCGGAAUUCUUAGUUGGGGAAAAGGUUUGGCUGAAAGCUUCUCCCACCCAGGGAGUGAUGAGGUUCGGGAAGAAGGGCAAGUUGAGCCCCAGGUUUAUUGGUCCUUAUGAGAUCCUUGAGAGGAUAGGAAAUCUGGCUUACCAUUUAGCGCUACUGAUGGAGUUAGAGCGGGUGCAUAACGUGUUUCAUGUGUCACAGUUAAAGAAGUAUGUGCACGACCCUUCACAUGUGAUUCCGCCAAAAGUGGUGCCCCUUGACGGGACCAUGUCUUAUGAAGAAAGGCCGAUCCGAAUCUUGGACUCUAAAACAAGAGAAACCCACAGGAAGUCGAUAAAGAUGGUAAAAGUAUGGUGGUCUCAUCACGGAGUGGAAGAAGCGACAUGGGAGUUGAAGUCUGCCAUGCGAGAGCGUUACCCCGAUCUGUUUACCCCAGGUACUGCGAGUUACCCUUAUGUUUUAGCUGUGUAG